AUGGGCUCGGGGUUCGGGUUCUAUGACAGUACUCUGGGUAAGGGUUUAGAGUACUUGGGUUCGGGAUAUGGGAAAUCAUACCUCCAUUGGCGCUUGGCGGGUUUGGGUAUUAUUAUUAAUAUAAAUUUGGGUAAGGUAUGGUCACCGCUCGGAGUCAGCACUGAGUUCACAAAGAGUAGUGAGAUAUUUAUUUGGCUGUAA